AUGCCAGGCGUCCGUAAGUUUCAUUCCUUCUAUCUCUGUCUACGUGGUACUCCCCUGGAUGCUAUUGAUAACAGACUAACCCCACAUGAAGCCCCCGACGCGUUCAAGCAGGUGAAGAAGGGUCUGAAGGCCUUGUUUCACCGACGAUCGUCCUCCAAGAAGCCAAAGCCAGAAGAGUCCCAGUCAAAGCCAGAAGAGCCCCAGCCAAAGCCAGAGCCCCAGGUUGUCGCUGAGCCCGGGAAUGCUCCCGUCAAGGCUGAGACCCAUGGCAAUGAUGCUGAUUCCGCCAUUGUCGUGAAAGAUACGCCUAAUGAGCCUAAACACACUGAUGUCCCACCAGUCGUGCAACAGACUUCAGCUGGCAAGUUCUCCCACGCUAUGUAG